AUGUUUUACUCGAAGAGCAAAUGGAUCCUCGUAGGGCUCCUUGCAGCCAUUGUAGAUCUGAGCUCCGCGCAUCCGGCUGGGCAACCUCCAUCAACACCGAAAUAUCCUACUACAGCGAAAGCCACACUCAAUGCCAAAGGAUUUGAAGCUGUCUUUACUUUUCUGCUCUUACAUUCCGGCACCUCCCUCACCUCACUCCACAUUACUGGCUACGCAACCGUUCCAUUUCCACUGACGGGCGUUCACCUCACAUAUUCCGGAGUGCCAGAUGGCCAAGAUUUUGACUAUUCCAUCCACGAAAAGCCGAUUGCCCAUGGGGAUGAGAUUGAAUGCAAGGACGUCGGGGACCUAUGGAAUCCAACAAAGUCGACCUACAAAGGUUCUGAUGAAUUUAAAUGCAAACCCGAACAACCUGCCUAUUGUGAAUCAGGUAAUUUGUCCGGCAAACAUCGCAAGCUCAAACAUAUCCCCGACUCCAACUCUAACUAUUUUGAUCCCAGUCUCAGAUUUGGUUACUCGGAACUAGGCAUUUUUGGUAAAAGUAUCGUGGUUUACGAUCCGACCGGCACCCCGGUGACAUGUGCCACCAUUGUGCCUCAUGACCCGUGA